ACGGGGGUCCAUGAUAUUGUCGGAGACAACAAUGGCGAUCGUACUGGGGGAUUUGUACUUGUCAUUGAUGGUGCUGCGCUGGAUCACGCCCUUCAUGAUGACGACCACAACGCUCUUCUUCUCCGUCUUGCUACCCAAUGCGAGGGCGUCAUCUGUUGCCGUGUUUCUCCGCUACAGAAAGCGCUUGUGGUGAAGAUGGUCAAGGAUGGUCUCGGCGUGAUGACCCUCGCUAUUGGUGAUGGCGCGAACGAUGUCAGCAUGAUCCAGGCUGCG